UCCUGCACCAGUAUUAUUUACCAUUAUCACUAUCAGGUUCUAUUCCAGUGGUGACAGUUCUUUGGCGCGUUGUUCCCUUCCCCCACCUUUACCCAAAUUACCAAUUUACCAGUCUUCUUCCAUCAGCACCGUACGCAACGUACGCUGCCGUCGAAAGCAACAAAACCAGUUUUACAUGUAACGCAGUUCGUCUCAGUUGGCCAAGCGUGGUUCUUCGCUGUUAUCUGGGUUACGUGUACAGCGCUUUAAAAAUAAAAUACUCAUUGUUUGGGUGCACCAGGAUAUAAGUGUACCAUGGGCUGUGCCACAGGAAUUGUCAAGUACUUCGUCUUCCUCGCCAACUUGAUCUUUGCGUUGGCGGGCCUGGCGUUGGUGAUUAUUGGGGUUUUGUACAAAUUCAACUACAGUGAUGCCACGAACGCCCUGCCUUCGAAUUUCGGGGUCGCCCCGAUUUUGUCGAUAAUCAUAGGAGCCGUGGUUUUCGUCACAGCCUUCUUGGGAUGCUGUGGAGCUGUUAAGGAGAGCCCGUGCAUGCUGACAACUUACGCCAUUAUUCUUUUGGUUAUCUUCAUCAUCCAAGUUGCUAUUGGAGUCUAUGCGUUCAUCAAAAUUAACCAAGACCCGCAGGAAUUCCGCAUGUCCAUUCGCAAUAGUCUUCAGAAGACGUUCGAGGGAUACUACGAAAACAAUGAAAAGAGGGAGACCGUAGAUGCCAUUCAGAGUUGGUUGCAUUGCUGCGGUUUUAACGAUAACUAUCAACAAGUUAUGUCACAAAGGGGUGAUUUACCCAGGAGUUGUUGUCGAGAGGGUACAGAAGUGUGCAGAAGCACGGAUUACAAUAGCUUUUACGAUAGACGGUGCGAGGAAUCAAUUCAUGACUUUUUGUAUAAAAGUUCUCACGUUAUUGGAGGUGUCGCUAUCGGCAUAGCAGUCAUCGAGAUUCUCGGUGCUGUUUUCGGUUUGUGCCUCUCGAGUUCGAUAAGAAACCACUACAGAAGAAACAUUUACACAUAAUUUCUCUUUUUUUUUUCUUUUUUUUUACUUUUGUUUGUUUACUUUCAAAUUUUAAGAUAGUUGUUUUUAUAUUGUAGUUACGUACAACUUUACUUUUAACCAUUCCAUUUGUUACGGAACAACAAGUACAAUAAAAGUUUAACUAGA